AUGUCAAGUCUUAUUUCUUAUGUUUGUAGCCCAGAGCCUGAACCAGAAUCUAAUAAAGAUACCAAAAGUAGCCAGAACUAUUUGCCGGUUGGUGGCCACUUCGUGGUGCUUGCUGGAGAGGAAGCACAAAACUCUUCCCCUAGUAAAACAAUCCAUUGGUCUUUUGCAUUUUCAGGAAGAUAA